UUAUUUACUGCUUUCUCGGAACACACUGGUUAAAUAUUAAUGCAUAUGCGCGCGCGUGUAUCGUAUGGUUCAUGACCAUGACAGCUACUUACGCAGUAAACUCCUUGGACAUCUUUCACGAAGCCAUAACGCUCAGAUAAAAAUGCUUUAAUGGAAAAGUAAAUGUGGUUACUGUUUAUUUUCGGGCCGCUGUGUUGCGGAAACCGUACGUUUCUCUCGAGGACGUAGGCUAUUCGGUCAUUUAGACAAGAUGGGAAACGACUGCAGCAUGUCUGUUAGCGCAACCGUGCAUGACAGUAGGUUUAUCCAUACUAAAGGAUCAUACUCAAUAAUACUGAAGAUACAUCGAAUUCAGUGUUGUGCUUGAAAGACCUCUACGCACAAAUGCUGGACGUGUCUGCACCCUGUCAGGAGAAGAAAUAAGAAGAAACAGACGAGCAUAUGAUUUCAACUAACAGCCACAACCAUAGGCAAUUUUGCUGUACAGCAGAUUGUCAGUAUGGUGCUUCUACUCCAGCUCUUUUUUCUACUGCCUCUAAGUCAUGUCUGUGGAAACUUUCAUUCUCCUCUUACCACCCAUUCAAAUCACAAACAGACUCAUGUGAUUGUCAGAAAAACCGAUCAUGCACUGGCUGCCAGUGCAGGAUUAGAAGUUUCCAGACCUUUUCUCCAAGGCUUCUAUGGGAAAAGUUUCAUUACAUCAAGUAGGGUUUCAAAUCAAAGGACUGAAAAAAAUCCUGAGGACUCAUUGUCAGCAAAAAUACCACAUAGUAGCAUUAAUGGGUCUAAAGGUCAGAUUUUUAUAUCACCCAAAAACCGAGUCAAAAGAGGCCCUAAGCAAAAUGCCACACUACCACAAGAGGAAAAAGAAAAAGAGACUAAAGAUGUGAUGAAAUCAACAGACUACACAGUUACUGAUGUCAAAAAGAAGGACUUGUCAACAGUGGUAUCAGAUGAUGUGACAAUAGCUGAUAAAAUACCGUUUGUUGGGUCAACACCAGAGACUCUAACAACUCCCAGUAAAACUAUCCAGUAUAGACCAGAAGGUCAGACUGCACAUGGUGUGCUUGAUAGUUUGACCACAGCACCUACUAAUCCAACAUUCAACACUUCACUCCAGACCAACCUUUCUGCAACUGUAGCACAUAAUGAAAAGGUUACAUCUACUACCAAUAGGAUGAUCCAACUGGAUGCCAACAGGACUCUAUCGGAAAAAGAUAGGCCGGGGACAACCAUUCCAACUGUUGAAGCCACCUCUCUUAGCACACGUACAACUAAUCUACAACUAGAGGCUCCAUUACCAGGAGUGGACGUCAUUAGUUUCAACUAUUCACAACCAAAAAAUACUUUACAGUUAACAAGUACAGCAAAAAUCAGCACAGACCAGUCAAGUAAGCCAGGAACUAAAGGAACAGUGGCUGAUAUAAAGAACACUAGAGGUAAACCCACUUUUCAAAGGACUACCUCCCCUCAACAAAUUGGACAUGGACAUUUUGUAUUUGAAAAUGACAGACGGUUUACAGACAGAGACCAGUCAAUAUCUGUGGGAACAGUUCCAUCUUUGAAGUCAAACCCUGCCUCUCCUACCCGUGCCCAACCCAACGAUCCCUGUGGUACUGGAGUGGGUCCCUGUGUUUCUUACAAAGAUGAAGACGAAGCGAAAAAAUAUAAAACAACAAAUGGCAGCUUUUUAGUGUGGGCAGAUUUAAAACGCACAUUGUCAUUUGCAUGGGAACUGCAUGUAUUUGGUUCUGCUGCCCUCUUCCUUCUACUUACUGCUGGUUCAGUCCUUGGCUUAGUAUUAGCUCCCAGCUUAAAUUGCCCUCACUCUGGUGAACUAAUACUCACCAAUAGUCUUUUGCUUUUUGUGGGUGUAAUUAGAGCUGGCCACUUUUUGCUUGACCCAUAUGGGACACGGCUCCUCUUGCCACCUCCUGUAAUAAUAGCUUUAUACACGCUACCAUUACCACUGUUAAUUUUGGCACAAGCUGCAUUAGUGAUAUUGGUACUAAAAGAAGCAGGAGUAACUUGGCUACCACCAGCAUUUCAGCGGCCCCCUCUAUUAGGAGUGUUAGCUGUUUUACAAUGCACUCUUUUACUGGCAGCAGACUUACUUUCCCCUGCGCUUUCACCUGCUGUUCCUGUUGUCCUGCAGAGUCUCACGCUGAUAGCAGGUCUGGCCUUGUGUUUUGGCUAUCUUUUCUUGGCAUUGCCAAGGCUUUCUCGUUCCCGUGAAGCACGAGGAGGAAAUAAGGGAACAGGCGAAGGAAAGGUGCAGGUUUUGGCACGGGUACUGGUAGUGUGCGCUCUCCUCGGGAUAUUGUGUUGUCUGUUGCACAUUUAUGCCUGCCUGUGGCUGUAUGGACUAUUAGGAGACUGGAGGCGCUUUCGUUGGGGAUGGUGGCUUUGUCAGUUCUGGGUACGACUGCUAGAGCUUGCCUGGGCUUUUUGUCUACUUUUGGUAUCUUCCUGGGUCUUCUGGAGACCAAAUGGGGGCCACAUAUGUGGCGCACCAAGACAGGAAGGAGUGGCCCCAGAGAGCUUGCCCUCACCCACUCAAUCAUCUAACUCUUCCAGCAGACAUACAUGCUGGGCAAAGAUUGUGCAGAGCCUUAAGGUAAGGCAACAAAGAAAAUCAGAAAGCAAUGGGAUUGGAGGUUCCAACAGUGGUACAAUGACUGGAGAGCUGCCCAAUAACUGGGCUGGACAGGAACGAUCAGGAGCGGACAUUAGCAAGAGCCUCAUACGAAAUCGCGACCCACUCAAAGACAGCAAUCACGGACGCAAUCUGAAGAGCUUUGCAGGAGGCUCUGCAGGAUCACUGCUACGACUGCAGACUCUUGCUCAGACACCUCGGUCUUUAAGCAACAGUCUGGACAGGGACAAGGAGUCAGCCAUUUCACUCUGUGAUUUUGACCUGCGCCCUCCAACCCCAAUUGACCUUACCCGCAGUAUUGACGCUGCACUUAAUCGCGAGCAUCUGUUUAUGGGCGAAAGUUUGUUUCACCCAUUGCGACCAGUAUCGCCUCCUCCAUCUCCAGACCUGUGGAUGCGACGGAAUAGUGACCCCCAAAUUACACUGUCAUUGAGUAGUGAUGAACACACAUUGCUCACAGAGUCCUCUGCAGGUCUAGAUCGAUCCAUUCCCAGUGCUGUGCCAAGCCGCCAGGUCACAGCCCCUCCUACACCCACUCAUCAAGGCUUCCGUUGGGUCUCUGAGGUACCGGUGCCUUCCUCUUUGUCCUGCCCAGUAUCUCUGCAUCCUUCCCCAAGCACAAGUCAUGCCCUCAUUCCAAGUGCGGAUAACACAAGGCCGUUUCUAACCCCUGAUUUUGAAAGUUCACAAUCAAAUAGCAGAGGUGGACGCAGUUACUUGAAAGUCACUCGAAAUGAUGACUCGGCAAGUGUCAGCAGUGACAUUAUUGACCUUUAAACACGAUCAUGCUACAUUAUAGUGGUAUUGGUGAUGGCACGCAACAGCUACAGAUUACAAUGCAUUACAUAUGCAUAUACAUUACAUACUUAAUUAUGACUUGCUCAGAUGGACCGACUCUAACUGUAGUAAUGGUAUUUAAAAUAAAAAAGGAACACGUUGUUGACUGAAUGUGUUCAUUCAGGCAAUCAACAUAGAAUCGCUCAAACUAUUUAUUGAUUUCCUUUGAAAAGUCUUGUUUACAGCAAUUCACAUACAGUAGUAUUCUAAGGACAAGGCAUUCCAGAGACAGAAAUUUGAAGCUUGUUUUGUUUUUACUGUUGUUUUUGUGCAAUUGUUUGUUAUUUGACCUGUACGGCAAAUUAACUUCUAGUUAUGUGUUGUUUGUGUUUGUAUUGCUUGUGGAGUUCAGUCUCCUGUUGUUAUAUAAUGUUUAGUGGCUUUACCUUUGCAGUAGUGCGUGUUUUAAUGUCAAUGCCAGUUUAUGCAGUGCCUUGUCCCAUAGAGCAACCUAAGUGCUACCUUAGCAUGCAUUGUAAACAGCUGUGUCUGGAUUGUGUUUAUUUUUCUUUGUAAUGCAUUUCAAUAGAAAUUAUACUGUAUGUUUUGGAACACUUUCUGGACCAUGCUUUGAACUUCCAAUUUAUUCCCGCAGUGCAACUUACCAAACUUUCCUCACAACUGGAUCAAUGAGGUGGCAACUGUCCAAACAACAAUACAAACUUUGUUUGCUAGCGUAUUUAGCAUGCUCAAAUUAAAAAAACUGGAGGCUUAACUGAAAACUAUUUUGUCCAAUACAGCAGAACUCAUGUCCGAGCAAUAAACUAUAGAAAGCUGUGAGUGUAUCUAAAACAGAUUAUAUAUAUACUAUAUUUUUCUUUGUAAAUAAGGAUGUAUUCUAAUUACAUUAAAAUGCAUUUACUGUGAAUGACAAUCUUUCCUACUACAAGAACAUACUGAUCCUUAAAAUACACUAUAUGUAUUUUUCCAGGCAUAUCUGUCUGUGUGAUAAUACAACAGGAACAAAUCCUGAAAAAAAUGUUAAUGUGUACAGUUUGAUUGUGACAUGAAAGAGAUCUGAUUAGUAUGCUUUGUACUGUUUUUCUUGUUUAAUAGGGCAUUUCUGUUUAAAAUGGAAGGUAUAAGUACUUUAAUAUUACCUUCAUCUUUGUAAAUAAAGAAGAUGCUAUAACUGUUUAAA